AUGCCCAACAAAUUCUCCUUCGACGACUCGGCCUUCGACAGUUCGCCACCGUCGACGCCAGGCCAGACACCUCAGAAGGGCUCACACUACCCUUUUGGCGACAACCCCUCGACCACACCCGCCGGCCCCCCACCCUCGUCUGCCGCCUCGUUCACACCCGCAGGCGCGCCGUCCGAAUCCUACCUCGGAAGUUCCUUAUUGCAGGGAGUCACCGCUCAGAAGCCAUUUGGUUUCGGCAACGCAAGCUCCAAUGGCACAAGGCAGAACCUUUUCGGGAGGAGCGACUCCGCUUCCCAGCAACCUUUGGGUCGAUCAAUCCACCAGAGUGCCAAGCCAGCAGCGAGGCAGCCGUCGGCACUAAGCAGGGAAUACGGCGCCGGCGAAAGCGAAGUCAGCUACGAUAACCGGACGGGCAGGUACAUGAUUCCCGAUUCUUCAGAGGAAGAGGAAGAAGAUGAGGACGAGGAAUACGAUGAGCGCGACGCCGCCGACGCCGAGAUGGAGCGAUACCUUGAAGCCGACAUCGACCAGGAUGACAUUGUCGCGGAGCCGGGAGUCGAGGAUAUUGAAGACGACGACGACAUAUUCCUGAACAUGCAACAUGGCGGCCGCGACGACGAAGAGCUCGGCUACUCGGACGAAGGCGAAGGCGGCAUGGGCGCCGAGGAGUCGGAUCUCCUACUCCUGGCCACCCCCGCAGCAACGGCGCGCAUGCGCAGGGAGGCCGAAGAUAUUUUCCGCGCAUCGUCUAUGCGCCGCUCGUCGGCCGGAAGACGGAAAGAUUUCAAGUUCUCUGCUGUCGCGAAGGACCUGUACAAGGGACUGGGCAUGGCUGUGAUCACUGAGUCGCCCGAGGUCGUUCUGAAGACGGAGGACUUGAUCAACCAGCUUUACAACGAAGGGAUCGGCGCGCAGGAGGACCCUGAACAGCUCGACAUCUCGCUCUCGACCAUUGUCUAUCCGCUGGUGGAGCUCUGGGACAACUUCGCCCAAACCUUACCCAUGCCGGAGGGGGAACAUAUUGCUGAGAUUGGUCCCGGACCCGAUACUGAGCCGUUCCAGAAGGCUGCCUAUGUCGCUCGCCUGGUUCUCCAGAUGCACCACACCCGCUUCGCACAGCAGGGCUCCGCCGAAACGGAGGUGCCGCCGCUGCCUUACGUCUUGUUCCAAUGGAUCGAAGAAAACCACAACCUAUACCCCGAGCAGUACGAUAUCGUAUUGAACCACAAGCCUAGUCCAGCAUGCCACAGCCUUUUCUGGCCGACGUUGCGAGGCGCUCUGAUUCGCGGCAGUGUCGACCUUGCAUCCAAGCUGCUAAGGAAUGCUGGAUGGGAGUCUGUCAAAAAGGGGCCUCGAGCCGAUUACGCCUACUCGGGCAAAGCUCUCGAAAACUUGCAACGCGCUGUUGGCAUUGCCUGUGAGGCACUCGACAUAUGCCCAGCGAACAAGGGCAACUGGGACAUAUUCAGCAGCGAUUGGACGUUGUACCGCAUUCAGGCCAAGGGCUCUCUUGAUAAGCUUCAGCGAUUCGCAGAGGGUAAGGACAAGAACCCGUUCACUAGCGGUAACGAUAACGGAUACGGCGGGGCGUCUCUGGCUGGCCUGGUACGGAAGGCCGAGGGCCAGGUUCCUUGGGACAUCUACGAACACCUCCAGACUGUCUACCAAAUCAUUUUGGGAACGCCGGAAGCCAUCCUGGAGACAGCACAGGACUGGUGUGAAGCCACGAUUGGUUUGUUUGGAUGGUGGGAAGAAGGCCGCGGUCAGCAAAAGAGCUUGCGCAUGUCUCGCUCUCAAGGACUGCGGGUAUCUAGUAGUUCUCUUGGACCGGAGGCUUACUUUGAGCGCCUGUCACUUGCCUUCCACACCGCAGUCGAGUCGGACUUCUACUUCAACUCUAUGAACCCUGUGGAAGUCGCCAUUGCUUCUGCUUUCGAGUCGGACUUCGCAGCCGUCAUCGGAAUCCUUCGAGCAUGGUCUCUUCCCAUCGCUUCUUCGGUGGCAGAGCUCGCCUCUCUUGGACAAUGGCUCCCUAAGCCCGAGCAGCCUAACUUGAUCACUAUGGAAAGUUUGGAUAUGGAGGAUCUGGACAUUCUCGGAGUUUCGCCGCAGACUGCGGACGAGGUGGAGGGUAUCAAAGACACAACACUUACACACUACGCACGCGAACUGGCUGGCAUCGACCAGCUUUCUGAAGAUCGAACUGGCUGGGAGAUGGCGAUCCAAGUCCUCGGACGCAUGGAUUCGGCUACAAAGUCCGAGGAUAUGGUUGGAGAACUGCUUCGCGACAUUCUAGCACAGCUCGACUCCGACUCUGGAGUCACCGUCGACAAGGUCUGGAGGAUCCUGAAUGAUCUCGGCAUGAUCACCUAUGCCGAAGAGACAGCUGAGACCUACGCGGACAUUCUCGCAAAGGAUUCCCACAGAUACGGAGAGGCUCUGUGGUACUACGCUCUGGCUCACCGGCCAGGCAAGGUCCGCGAAGUGCUCAAUCUCCUCAUGUCCUACUCUCUUAUUCAUUCCACGGUCUAUCCUCCUGCCAACGACUUGGACGACCACCUUUACCGACUCCUCAACGAGCGUAGCCAAACACUUGAGAAAUACGCCAAACAGGACCUUGAAGCGGCUAACCUCCUUGGCCGGAUGCUGAGCGGAUACGCUACCCUCCGAAAGUUCUACGAAAUCCGCGACACUGACGGACUUGCAAACAUGUCUCCGUACAAGUCUGCCUCGCUUCGCAAACAAGCGGCUUCAGCCCUUGUUGCCGUCAUCGCUAGCUCCGACGACAACAUUCGCGGCGGCCUUUACGACGAGACGCGAGACGCCGUUGUUAGCGAGGACUUUAUCCUCGCCCUGCUCGGCGAGACUCUCCCCUUUGUCAACCAGAACCCUUCUGUCAUCACUCUUGACCAGAUGGACACGCUCCUCAAGGCCAUCGAGGACAUUCAGACAGUCAACUCCACCAUCUUCAACGCCGCUGACGAAUUCUUCAAGCUUGUCUUGGCAUCAACACCGGGACUGAAGGGCUCUACGCCCGCAGACCUAAUCCGCAAGAGCACCGGCUCUCUCAGCGGAAGCAGCUACAUGCUUAGUGGCAGCUCCAUGCUGGCCAGCCAGCUCCACCGCUCCAUCAGCGGCGGCGGCGGCGGUCUGUCUCUCGCCAAGGCCAAGCGCGGCUGGGACUGGAGAACAGGACUUACUGCGGGCGCCUCGGCGGAGGACGUGCUUCGAGUACUCAGAUUGGGUCUGUCGAGAGACCUGGCGACGUUGUGGUUGGCCGAUGCGGAUAACACGCCUGUGUACUAG